AUGGCUUCAUUACCCAAUCACGCAGUAAUAGACGGCUGGCUCAACAAUGCCAACAUCCCCACGGAGGAGAGCUGGAAUAAUUCAAACGCCCAUCUAUCCAGUCCACGGACCCUCAUCACUUCCUCCCACCCAGAAAAGUUCAGUCUCGGAACAGGCUCACAGAUACUCACCAAAGUGUUCUCAGACUGCCUGGAAACCAACCACGAACUCAUAAUCGUAACCUGUUUCUGGGCAAAGUCACCAUCUCAAGACGCAAUAUCUUCACUACUCCUCAAAUUAUCUUCCAAGGCUAUUGCCCAGAACCGCAAAAUUCAAGUCCGGAUAUGCUUCUCAUCUCGCUCAAUUCUUCAAAAGCUAUUUCAUACCUCGUCAUUAGAUGGUACUAUAUACGCUCCACCAUCAUGGCCGAGCCUAGGGCUUCCGUCUGCAGAUGACCUUACAGGCAUUAAUCUAGUUGUUAAGAGUACCUUUGUAAAACCGUUCAGUGUCAUGCAUCCUAAAUUCAUUCUUAUGGAUCGACAGCUAGCAUACAUUCCGAGUGCUAAUGUCAGCUGGGAGGGCUGGUUUGAGGGAUGCGUCGAGGUGCGUGGGCAUAUUUGUGAGAGGCUUUUUGGCUUUUGGUCAGCGUUUUGGUCUAGAGGAGGAGCUUCCCUGCCUCCUAUGUUGUUCCCGGAUAGUCCUUUGGAGUUGGAUACGGAAGUUGCAGGCGACAUACCAGAAUUGCAUUUGAUAAAAGAGACACUGUUCUCCCCCAAAAGCCCAAUACCAACCAUACUACUCCCCUCAUCUCAUCACAUCAAUCCUCGAUUCCGACUUCCGUGGAUGUCAGCACCUGAGAUUCCGCAUACGCCACUCAAUACCUUCAUCCUCCACAUCCUAAACACCGCAAACCACAAUAUCUUCAUCCAAAGCCCUAAUUUUACAUCUCCUCCGGUCCUCUCAGCGCUUGUCUCCGCCCUCAAAAGAGGGGUUUCAGUUCACAUCGUGACAAGCAGCCUACUCAUGAUCCUCGAGCAACUCGCCACAGCAGGAACAAUCACCGAAUUCGAGGUAUGGAAAUUACGCCACCAAUACCGCAACCUCCACAAAUCAUACCAACGGACGUUAAGUUCAGAUCCCGAAACCCAGGCGCAAAAACCGGGGAUAUUGAGAAUUGGGUACUAUUGCCCGAGGCAAGGCGUUGCGGCCGUGAUGGAUGAGCCGGUUAAGACACAUCUCAAGCUCACAAUUGUGGAUGGAGAAGUAGUGGUGCUUGGGAGUGGGAAUAUGGAUCGUGCGAGUUGGUAUACAAGUCAAGAGCUUGGGGUUGGGUUUGUGAGUAAGGACAUGGCUAGUGAGGUUAAGGCAAGCAUAGAAGAGGGUCUGGAUGGGAGGGUGAUCGAUUAUUGCUGA